AUGGACACUGCUAUGGAAACCAACAUGGAUGCUGCUGGCCGAGGGCCCCGAACCGAGCUCGAUGACGAGGACUACUAUCCUCAGGGUGGCUGGGACAUGGUCUUCCUGGUAGCCCUGCUGCUCCUGGGGCUGCCAGCCAAUGGGCUGAUGGCGUGGCUAGCUGGCUCCCAGGCCCGGCACGGAGCAGGCACACGACUGGCCUUGCUCCUGCUCAGCCUGGCCCUCUCUGACUUUUUGUUCCUGGCAGCAGCAGCCUUCCAGAUCCUGGAAAUCCAACAUGGGGGGCACUGGCCAUUGGGGACCACUGCCUGCCGCUUCUACUACUUCCUGUGGGGUGUGUCCUACUCCUCUGGCCUCUUCCUGCUGGCAGCCCUCAGCCUGGACUGCUGCCUGCUGGCGCUGUGCCCACGUUGGUAUCCAGGGCGCCGCCCAACUCGCCUGCCCCUCUGGGUCUGUGCGGGGGUCUGGGUGUUGGCCACCCUCUUCAGUGUGCCCUGGCUGGUGUUCCCCGAGGCCACCGUCUGGUGGUAUGACCUGGUCAUCUGCUUGGACUUCUGGGAUAGUGAGGAGCUGCCGCUGCGGAUGCUGGAAAUCCUGGGGGGCUUCCUGCCUUUUCUUCUGCUGCUUGUCUGCCACGUGCUCACCCAGGCCGCCACUUGCCGGACCUGCUGCCGCCGCCGCCUGCCUCACACCUGCCACGGCUUCGCCCGUGUGGCCAAGACCAUCCUGUCAGCCUAUGUGGUCCUGCGGCUGCCCUAUCAGCUGGCGCAGCUGCUCUACCUGGCCUUCCUGUGGGACAUCUACCCUGGCUACCUGCUCUGGGAGGCCCUGGUCUACUCGGACUACCUGAUCCUGCUCAACAGCUGCCUCAGCCCCUUCCUCUGCCUCAUGGCCAGCGCAGACAUCCGGGCCCUGCUGCACUCGGUGCUCGCCUCCUUUGCCGCAGCCCUCUGUGAGGAACGGCCCAGCAGCUUCGCUCUGGCUCAGCCACGGACCCAAGUGGACUCUGAGGGUCUGACUCUGCCGGGGCCAAUGGCGGAGGCCCAGCCACCAUCAGAUUCCAUGGCCCAGCCUCAGGGGAACCCCACAGGUCCACCACUGUCAGAUGCCAUGGCCCAGCCUCAGGGGAACCCCCUGGCCCAGGCACCAUCGGAUGCUGUGGUCCAAUCACAGUCAGACAUUGAGGCUCAGACCCCCAGACCUGCUCCCAGCCCCUGUGAUGAAGUCUCCCCUGCCCCCUCCUCAGAUCCCACCCCAAGGGCCCCUGAGAACAUAGCCAGGCCUGCCACCUCUGAAGGAGAAACCCCUGGCCCUGCCCCACCAGAGGAAGCCCCCAGCACAGGCCCCACGUGAGGGACCAGGAAAUCCCAGU